AUGACAGCCCCGUUCCGUUAUAAACCAGAGCCGCUGGUGGUCGCCCUCUGCGAGGCAUCCGCCCGGGGUGAUGUGGCCCACAUCGCGAUGCUCAUCACUUCUGGCGCCAACGUUGACGGCCGAGACGAAAAGGGCAAGACCCCGAUUGCCAGGGCCAUCGAGAAUCAACAGUAUGACGCUGUCAAGCGCCUCCUCAACCACGGAGCCUCCAAGGGUGUCACUGACACGGCAAAGAGGUCCCCCCCGCUCUUCUGGGCCACCGCCGCGGGAGACCUGCAGAUGGUCAAGCUUCUCCUGGACCACGGCUGCAGCCCCGUAGACAAGGACUUGUACGGGAGCCCGUACUUCUGCGAGACGGUUACGCAAGGCAACGUCGAGAUAGUGCAGCUCCUCCUCGACUACGGCGCCAACGUCAACGCCCGAGAUGCCUGGGGCCGCGAGGUCCUCCUCCACGCCUACCAGAAGGGCAACCUGGAGAUGAUGCAGCUGCUGCAGUCCCGCGGCGCCAGCGUCAACGUAAAGGACAAGACAGGCUCGCCCAUCAUCGUCCUGGCUCUGCAGGAGGGCAAGAUGGACAUCUUCCACUUCCUGCUCGCCCGCGGCGCCGACGUGAACUCGCGCUCCAUCACGGGCACGCCGCUAACCGUCGAGGCGCUGCAGAAGAAGCGCCACGACGUAUUCAAGCUUCUCCUGCAGCGCGGCGCCGACCCGAACGCCUCGAACAUUACAGGCACCCCUCUCCUGAUGAUGAUUGUCAAGGACGACACGGGCUACAGCCUGACCCAGAAGUACGACCUAGUCCACUCGCUCCUAUCCCGCGGCGCCAACCCCAACAUCUGCGACUCCUGGGGCCGGACCCUGAUGAGCCACGUCGUCGAGAAGGGCUGCGUGGAGCUGAUCCAACCACUACUCGAGAAGGGCGCGGACCCCAACCAGAAGACGACGGCAGCAGGCGACACGCUGCUCCUGUACGCCAUCGACCAGCGGCGCUCAGACCUGAUCCCGGUGCUGCUGGGCCACAGCGCGAACCCCAACGCCGCCGACGCGAAGGGGAGGACGCCGCUGGUGCAGGCGCUGCGGAAGCGCGACUUUGCGACGGCGAGGCUGCUCCUCGAGCGCGGGGCCGAUGCCAACAAGGACGGGGCGAUCAGUCCGCUGGCGUUUGCGAGCGCGCUGGGCGACGGCGAUACCGUGAGGUUGUUGCGGAAUUAUGGGGCGAGGGGCGAUGAUGUUGAUGUCCUUGUUGCUCCCAAGACUUCGCAAGCUGCGCCGCCAAUACCACAAGCAUCCGCGCCUCUGGAAGACACCGAUGUGGUGGAUGAGCCGCCUCCAGGCUACGAUGGUGUCUCGAAACGGACAUGA